CUCGACAUGCACAUUUUGUUUUCUCUUCUCACUCUCUUUCCUCUCAAAGCAUCCACAAAUGGAGCUUUCAGUUCCUUCUCGCCUCCUAAACAGCUCCGCCGCCGCCGCUGCAGGUGCCGCAAUAAAAUCCACGUCCAGAAUUCCUUUUAGACCUCUCUUAAUCCCUCUUCUCCCUUAUCAACGCUCACUCUCCCCUUUCACUUUGAAACACAUGAAUAAUAAUUCCCAGUCAAUACUUUCUUGUCCCUCUCUUCCCCAAAACAACGGCUCCCCUCCCUCCAUUUCCCCUUCCCCUUCCCCUUCCCCUUCAUCCGAAGCAGGUCGGAUUGGAGAGGUGAAGAGGGUGACGAAAGAGACGAAUGUGUGGGUUAAGAUAAACUUGGAUGGCACUGGGGUUGCUAAUUCUAGUACUAGCAUUCCCUUUCUUGAUCAUAUGUUGGAUCAACUAGCGUCUCAUGGUUUGUUCGAUGUGCACGUCAAGGCUACCGGUGACAUUCAUAUUGAUGAUCAUCACACCAAUGAAGAUGUUGCCCUUGCUCUUGGAACGGCAUUGCUUCAGGCACUUGGGGACAGAAAAGGAAUUAACCGGUUUGGUGAUUUUUCAGCUCCUCUUGAUGAAGCAUUAAUACAUGUUUCACUGGAUUUAUCUGGCCGACCACAUUUAAGUUAUGAUUUGAACAUUCCCACUGCGACAGUUGGGACGUAUGACACUCAGUUGGUGGAGCAUUUUUUCCAGUCUUUGGUGAAUACUUCUGGCAUGACACUACACAUACGACAGCUUGCAGGAAAAAAUUCACAUCAUAUUAUUGAGGCAACAUUUAAGGCUUUUGCUAGGGCUCUUCGGAUGGCAACAGAGUAUGAUCCACGUCGUCUUGGGACUAUACCAAGCUCAAAAGGGGUUCUAUCACGAUCUUGAUUGUUCUUGAGCGUCACGUAGAAGAUAGGUUAAGUCAUAUGAUGGCCACAUGAUGUCAUUGAUCCCAUUGUCUUCGAGCAUACUUUAUUAAAAUAGCACCUUGAUGUUCAUUUUCAUUUAUGCUUGUGAAGAUCUGUUAAGAGCACUAAACCAGUGCACCAUUUUAGUGAAGCACAGCUGGAAAUCAUCAAGUUUGAUAGUGUGUGCUAUUCUGGUGAUGGGCAUCUCAGAAGUAGAAGCUGUGAGGUACAAAGAGUCUUUCAUCUACACUGGGAACAUGAAAACCUAUUCCAAACAGUCUAUUUGUUAACAAUAAACUGUUAUGCAAUGUUACAUAAAUUUGGGCUCUAGUCAGUUGAUUUUUUCCCUUUUGUCCUCCUUUGGUUCUGUUGAUAUUUUUCAUGUGCUACUCAUGUUAAUGGGAUCCCUUCUUUGAAUGUCAUGAAGUUAAAGAAUGCUUUGUCUAA